CUUAGGCAAAUACGGUGUCGGAGCGGCGCCUAUUAGGGUCGUCCGUGCGUCACGACAGGCGCCUCUUCCAGGAUUCAUUCAUUAGUUUUUUUUUUUGUUUUUCAUUCACGAGGGUAGUAAGGUCUGGUUGAAAGCCAUGGAGAGCGCUCUCCCUGCGGCCGGCUUCCUGUACUGGGUGGGCGCGGGCACCGUGGCCUACCUCGCCCUGCGCAUCUCGUACUCGCUCUUCACGGCCUUUCAGGUCUGGGGUUUGGGUCACGAGCCUGGGGUUGGACCAGGGCUCGGUGAAUGGGCAGUUGUCACAGGUAGUACUGAUGGAAUUGGAAAAUCAUAUGCAGAAGAGUUGGCGAAGUGUGGAAUGAAGGUUGUCCUUAUCAGCAGGUCGCAGGAUAAACUGAACCAGGUUUCCAGUGAAAUAAGAGAAAAAUUCAAAGUGGAAACAAAGACCAUUGCUGCUGACUUUGCAUCCGAAGAUAUAUAUGAUAAAAUUAAAACAAGCUUGGCAGGCCUUAAAAUUGGUGUUUUAGUGAACAAUGUGGGAGUAGCAUAUGAGUAUCCUGAAUUCUUUUUGGAAAUUCCUGACUUGGACAAUACCAUCAAGAAAAUGAUAACUGUUAACAUUCUUUCUGUUUGUAAGAUGACACGCUUAGUGCUGCCUGGCAUGGUAGAAAGAUCUAAAGGCGUGAUUCUGAACAUUUCCUCCGCCAGUGGCAUGUUCCCGGUUCCACUGCUGACCAUCUACUCUGCAACCAAGGCUUUUGUAGAUUUCUUCUCUCAGUGCAUCCAUGAGGAAUAUAAGAGCAAGGGCAUCUUUGUGCAGAGUGUCCUGCCCUUCUAUGUAGCUACGAAACUGGCUAAAAUCCGGAAAACAUCUUUGUUCGUACCCUCUUCAGAGGCAUACGUGAAGUCGGCAAUGAGAACAGUGGGGUUGAAAACCCGAACCAAUGGAUACCCGGCCCAUUCUCUUUUGGGUAUAAUCAGCUCCAUGCUGCCUUCUUGGUUAUAUUUGAAACUGGGCAUGCAUAUGGGCAAGUCCACGCGGGCUCGCUAUCUGAAGAAAGUCAAGAAGAACUAAGCGUUGAUGACUGCUCUGCGUAGCUCGGCCAGAUGCUCCAGCCUCCACACGCUCCCCUCGGGCCACCCACCCAGCUCCCAAAUCUUCAGUCAUUUUAAUAGUUACUAAUAAGGCUGAAUGAGGCCAUAAUCAGGAGCUCCUGACAUAUAUUCUGGAUGCUACCAGCAGCAGUUAUUGUGUAGUUUAAUAUAAAUGCUCAUAUCAAUUGGAUAUAGAACUAAUAUUAACAAGAACAACUUAAUGAGAAGGAGCACAAGUUCAGCAAAUCACAGAAGGAUAGAAUCUGGCAUUAAGGCCCAACAGUUUCAUCUGGCCCAAAAUGCCAAUGAUGACUCUUGUAUCUUCUCUGAAACAUACUUUAAAAAGUCAUGGCCAGCUACUGUUCUUGUUUUUAACAGUUUGAGGGGCUGGAGAUGAAUGGAUUUACACUGGGAGGACACACUGCAGUUUGCAUAGUUCCUUUGUAAGCUUUUCUAAAGGCCUGUCCCCGUUUGUAUGUUUAUAUGGAACUAUUCUUUUUCCAAAUAGCUAAUGACAAAAUUAAUUUGGAGGUUUGUUUUUUUUUACAAGUGAAGCCUAUAAAAAUAUGCUUUCUUCUAAUACA